GGCACGUAGCCUAUCGUUAUGGUGCGAGCUCAACGGAGUCCUAAUUUUUUUUUUUUUUUGAAUUGACAAAAUUCAAAAUGUUUCAAAGCACGUUGCCGAAUCCACCCCUCUCUCUCGUUUACUAACAUGGUCCACGCUCAAGAUGUCCCCAUUGCCGUCAUUGGCGGAUCCGGUCUUUACCACCUCGACAACCUCGAAGUUAUUGAGGAAGUUAACCCUGAGACUCCCUGGGGAUUUCCCAGCGACAAAAUUAUCAUUGCUCGCUCUCCCUCCGGAUGCAAAAUCGCCUUCUUGGCUCGCCAUGGCCGCGGUCAUUACCUCACUCCCUCCGAGGUACCUAGCCGUGCUAACAUUGCCGCUUUGAAGCAUCUCGGUGUUAAGGCCAUCCUUGCUUUCUCCGCCGUCGGUUCCCUUCGUGAGGAAAUCCCCCCCUGCGACUUCGUUCUGCCUGAUCAGGUCAUCGACAGAACUAAGGGAAUCCGCCCAUCCACAUUCUUUGGUGAAGGUCUUGUUGCUCAUGCUAUGUUCGCUGACCCCUUCCACGCCGGUUUGGCCGAUCUUGUCUAUGCCCAGCGUGAAAUUCUUGACUUUGGAGCUAAGAUCCACAAGAACAAGACAGCCGUCUGCAUGGAGGGACCUGCUUUCUCUACCCGCGCUGAGUCACACAUGUACCGCGCUUGGGGUGCUGAUAUCAUCAACAUGUCUGCUUUGCCCGAAGCCAAGCUUGCUCGUGAAGCUGAAAUCGACUACCAAAUGGUUUGCAUGUCCACUGAUUACGACUGCUGGAGAGUUGAAGAGGAGGCUGUUACCGUAGAAACUGUUAUGCAAAACAUGGUCAACAACGGUUCCAAUGCUAAGAAGCUUCUCUUGGCUGUGUUGCCUUCCUUGGAGGAGGCCGUUAGCAAGGAUGCCUUGUUGCCCAACUACAAGGGUUCCAUGAAGUUCUCUGGCAUGACUGCUUCCGAGAAGAGAUCCCCUGAAACCGUCAAGAAGUUGGAAUAUAUUCUUCCCGGUUACUACUCAUAGAUUGUAUCAUUAAUUAGACUACUGCGAGAAUAAAGAUGCCAAUAACUGUAUAUCCGUAUCUUCCAUAGCAGCUGACAAUUGCAUCGUUGAUAGAGCCUUUCUAUGAAUGAGUGUUAUGAGAUAAGCAUAUACAAACGUUGUUUGUCCAAUC